AUGGCUGAUUUGAGGGCCCUUAGUAAGCGUGAGCGGCGCGUUCUGAAUACGUUGGCUGGACUGGAGAAUUUCGCGACGAAAUAUGAUCCUGCUAGAGACGAGUGUCAAGUCAGCGUACGACUGGAAACGCUAGCAUCAGUCAGCAAGGAGUUCUUCGAGGUUCGGGAACGAAUUGAGCUGUUGAUGGACGAUGUUGAUGAUGCUGAUGCUGACGAGAAAACGCAGGAGAAUGAAAAUCUGCUAGCUUUGAGUAGUUUCGAGGAACGAUAUUACUCCGUGAAGGCCAGUUUGUUGUCGAAGCAGACCCCACUAUCAUCUACAUCGAUGUCUGUCGGAAAUGGUCUACUUGGUGACCGAUCAGAAGCAUCAUUCUCGAAGGUGAAACUUCCAGAAAUUCGCCUUCCUUCGUUCAGUGGGAGGAUUAAGGAGUGGGUUACGUUCCGGGAUAGCUUCCGCAGCCUGAUCCACGAGAACAAGCACCUAACCGAUAUGGACAGGUUCAGCUAUCUGAAGUCAGCCCUGUCAGGAGAGGCCCUGCAAGAGAUCGAGUCGGUGGAGCUUUCGGCAGUGAAUUACAGCGUAGCGUGGAAGGCGCUUGAGUCCCGCUACGAGAACAAGAAGCUGAUUGUGAAGGCACAUUUGGAUUCCCUUUUUGCCGUGGAAGGCUUGAAGCGAGAAAGCUACGACGGACUGAGCAAUCUCAUCAGCGCUUUCGAGAAGAACCUGCAAAUGCUAAAGAAGAUCGGCGAAGAAACUGCUGCAUGGAGUACGAUUCUCGCAUACAUGGUGUAUUCCCGGCUGAAUCCUGCCACUCUACGGCAGUGGGAAACACACCACAAUUCAAAGGGUGUACCGACGUACAAAAACCUGAUCAGUUUCCUUCGAAGUCAUUGUGCAGUGCUGCAAUCCGUCGCCCCAACGAAGCCGAGCCAGUCUGAUCAACGAUCGUCGAAGUCAUCCGUGUGUCACACUACCGUGAGAUCUUCAAGCAAGUGCCCAUUCUGCAGUGGAUCGUGGCAUUCUGCAUUCGUAUGCAGCAAAUUCCAACGUCUUCAAGUUCCCGAGCGCAGUGAAGCUGUGUUCAAAGCAAGAUUGUGUCUGAAUUGUUUGAGUCCUGGUCACAUCGCACGAAACUGCGAGAAGGGUGUCUGUCGUCACUGUCAACAGAAGCACCACUCCCUGCUGCAUAGUGCAUCAGCUAGAUCCUCCGUUCCACAGUCGUAG